AUGGCGUCGGUGGAAGCUGAGCCGCAGGUGACCUACCGCUGCAGCCUCUGCAAUCUGACCUACGCGGUCGACGCCGGGAGGCUGCACGGUCAGAAGUUCCAGUGCACGCCCUGUGCAUCGGCCGAUAGACUUAUCCGGCGGGGUCUGGGCAGCAAGGACGAGUUGCAAUCUUUGAGCAGCCAAGAACAGGAACAGUUUUUUCAGAAACUGCACAAGGAGAAAGAGGACAUGAAGGAAUCCAGAAUCCAAUGGCGCACUGUGAGAGCGGCUCUUUUGACGAGUUUGUGCACUCGGCAGAUGACAGAAAAUUCUGCAAGUGUGGAUGCCAAGUUUUUGCCCCUUGACGUUUGGGUGCAACAGGGCUGGCCUGAGAAGACUGUGCGGAAUUGUCCCAAAGAGUACAACGAACAGUACCAGUGCGAUACGUAUCAGGUGCCGAUCAAGUCGAUGACGUGGAAACAAACGUACCAAGCAUGUGAGGAGAGAAUUCUCCGUCAGGAGCGAGAGGCGACCGCUAAGCGCACGGCUAAGGGACGUGGUUCCGCUGCUGCAGAGCCAGAGCUUGCGUUGGACUUGCCAGCGGCAGAGCCAAGGCAGAACGGCACGGCGUCUGCAGCGGCUGCUGAGAAGAAAGCGGCGAAGGCCGAAGCAGUGCAAGAGAAGAAGAACAUCACGAGCAAUCAGAAGGUUCAGCUGCUGGCUGCUAAGGCCGUAGCACCUUUGUCUUUGGACCUUCAGGCUGUCACGAAGCUACGUGCUCGUGUGCCGGAAGACUUGCCAGAAGCUGUCCAAGCAAUUUACGACCAAACGGUGGAGAAAUUGCAGCGUUGGCUGCAUGGUGCCAAAGGACUGUUGAAAGACUGGGAAGAAGAGGCAGCCCAAGAGGGUAAGCACGCUUUGACACCGCCAGCCUUUGAUAUGGCCGAUGUCAAGUGUCUGCACAAGACGGUGGGCGAAGUGAUGGCGAAUUUGCGGACCCUCUUGCCAGUCCCCAAAGCGAAAGCGAAGGCCGGAUCCAAGCGCAAGCAAGCUGAGGUUGGAGAGGCCGCCGCUGUUGAAGGAGCCGCUGCGCCGCCGGGGGGGAGAUUGCGAGCUGAUGAUUCCUUGUUAGAGCAGUAUCGAUCUGUACGACAGAUCGGAUCCCUAACAGCCGCGGAAUGCAGACAAGUAGUGCAGCUGGUUCGAGAGGACGACAGAGGUGGUAGAACGUCUGUCCGUCCUAGAACGAAGCAUCCAAUCGCUUUCCCUCUCCUGCGGGAAUUGCCACUGCGGGAUGCGGACACGGGCUGCGUUGUGACGGCGUGGUCCAUGAGUUUGCCAGGCCUGGUGCAGGCAAAGAUAGACGCUUGCCCUUUGUAUCGUCUUUUGAUGCAAAGAGCUUUGCAAAGAAAUGGCAAUCAUCUCACCCUGAUUUUUUAUCAGGAUGAGGUGUCUGGCGGAAACAUCUUGAGUCCAAACCACUCGAGAAAAAGCAACCUGACCUAUGUCAUGUGGCUGGAAUUCGAAGUGAUGUUUGUCGAGGACCUCUGGCUCACCAUGGGUGUCAUGCGCUCCAGACAAAUAGGACAGGUGGAGGGAGGAAUGGCGGCAUUGACACGAGCCAUGCUGUUGCAGAUACGCUCUGAAACGGAGAAUGGCUUCGUAGUCGAUCUUGGGUCAUCAGGAGAGCCUGUCCUGUGCUUCAUAGAUUCCGUUAUUCUCUUGAUGGAUCACGAGGCAAUUCGGGCAUGCACUGGCACCAAGGGUGCCUCCGGACUCAAAUGCUGCAUUAAAUGCUUGAACUGUUUGUCAGUAAACAAAGCCGACGCAGUCCAUGACCACUACGACAUCACCUGCACCGCCAUAGAGAAAUUUUGGCCGGCAUCCAAUGGGUCAGUGCGUGCUGCUGCCGACCGGUUGAGAGAAGAAGAAAGAAAAGGCAAGAAACAGGAGCUGGAGAAAUUAUUGGGUUGGAAUGCCGCUGGGUUGUUAGCUGGCCCCCUGAUGGCGCCAGCCUUGGACUCAUGGGUGUCAGUGGAAACAGUUCACUUUGACACUAUGCAUGCUUACUUCAGCAACGGCAUCAUCGGCCAAGAGCUGGGUUGCUGGUGGGGACACGUGCAAGAACAUGCGGGUGUGACUCUUGCACAGCUGGCAACAUAUGCUGCUAUGUGGAGUCGCUGCCCCAAUUCUCCGGCUGCAAAGCAAGUGGCGCCGCAGUUUUUUUUUGAUGAGAAACUCUGGCGAGACGACGGAGACUUUCGCGGAGAAUGUGCGGCAACAGCCUUGGUUCUCUUGCUUUGCGUAGGCUUUUCUGAGGAAAUGCUUGCCGAAUAUGAAGCAAUGCAAGCAGCCGUACGUUCUUUGACGGCUUUGUAUGGUGUGAUCUCGGUCUUAGCUGAUGCAAAGCGAAAUCCAAGCGCUGCCUCGACUUUGUUAGCAAAACAGCAGAGGCAUAUGAAAUGCUUCGCUGAAGCUUACACAGAUACAUGCAUGCGACCAAAGUUCCACUAUGCUCUGCACACGACGGCGCAAAUUGCUAAAUUUGGUCGCCACGUGGACUGUUUUCCGUGCGAGCGCAAGAACAAAGCGUACAAAGCACGAGCAGCGUCGAACUGGAGCAACUCACCGGCUUUCUCGAAGGGAGUCUUGCUUGACUUGGUCACACAAGACUUGAACAAUGCUUUGCCCAUGGAGAAGAUGUUCCUUCGACUCCUGGGGAGCCAAGCCCCUAGCCCAGUUCCGGCACCUUCCCAUGUCACAGAUUGGUUGGAAGUCGAAUAUAAGUGUGUCACCUAUAGCCGAAAACAAGUUGUCCGGCUUGCAGAUGGCAGUACUUAUUGCAUCCAAUUCUUUCGAUGGCAGGGGAACAAAGUUGACAUGCAUCUGCAACAGCUGGUGCCAACAAACGCUAGCCGAAAGCCAGCUGCUGUUACAACUUGGAAGUAUGUGACGGACGCUCCUGUAGUUGCGAACGCGCAGUGUCUUGACAAAAGUGUUUCACCACAAUACUUUCGAAGCCACGAUGACGGCACUGUAUGCAUGCUGUGGUGA